AUGGUUCUGACAUGCCAUACAUCCUCCUAUGUUGAUCACAUCAUUCUCAUCACCUUCUCACAUGACCUUGACAAAUCUAUCAUGGCACUCCUUGCCUCUGAAUUUGCUAUGAAGGAUCUUGGCUCUUUGAGUUAUUUUUUCGGGAUUGCUGUGACAAGACAUGCAAGCAUGACUUCUUGCAAUCCUUCUGCUACUCUCGUUGAUAUCAAGCAGAAACUCAAUACAUCCUUUGACACACCAUAUGAGGAUCCCUCUAUGUAUCGAAGUCUUUUCGGCGCCCUACAAUAUCUCACAUUCACUCGCCCUAACAUUUCAUAUGUUGUUCAGCAAGCUUAUCUUCACAUGCAUGCCCUCUACAUUGAGUACGUGCUAGCUUUGAAACGCAUUCUGCAGUAUUUGUAG